AGUAGCAAAUUAUUUUCACUAUGAAGUAUAGUAUAAUAUUUUUUUUAGUUUACGCUUUAGCAUUAUGUGCUGCCGAUACGGAGUUAGAUAAUCUUUAUAAUGAGGUACAAAGUGUACUAGCAGGAGUACAGUCUUAUCAGGCUCCAGUCGAUAAUUCCGCUUUGUUUACUAUUACAAAUGAUAAAGUUGUAGAAUAUGAAGACUACGACUUUAUUAUCAUUGGAGCAGGUGCUGCUGGUGCAGUUUUGGCUAACAGAUUAUCAGAAGUUUACUCGUGGAGGAUCUUACUCUUGGAGGCUGGAGGAAAAUCAAACAAAUUUAGCGAGAUUCCACAACUAAUCGCUAACUUGCGACGAACAGAUAUGAACUGGGGUUACUUUUCAACACCACAGAAAACUUGCUGUCAAGGUAUGAUUAACAAACAAUGCAUCUACCCCCGAGGAAAAGUAAUUGGAGGCACAACAACAAUAAAUGGAGGCGUUUAUUCCAGAGGACCACGAUCUGAUUACAACCUUUGGGCAGCGAUGGGAAAUUCUGGUUGGUCUUAUAAUGAUGUUCUACCAUAUUUUAAAAAAUCAGAAUUUAAUGCUUUAAAGAAAUACGACGCUGGUUAUCACGGAUCAUCUGGCUAUUUGUACGUCAACCAAACAGCACCUCCUUCUGUAGUUGCAGAAGCUUUCUUGAGAGCAAACUUAGAAAAAGGUCUAAGGGACGUAGAUUAUAACGGACGACAAGAAAUAGGAGUAUCAAGAAUACAAUUUAAUAUAAAGGAAAAUAUAAAACAAAAUAGUGAACGCGCAUUUUUAGAUACUGUUAAGGACAGGACAAAUUUAGAUAUUGUUCUAAAUGCAGCAGUAAAUAAAAUUGAGGUUGAGGGAGGUGAUGUAAAGUUUGUAACUUUUGUUAAAAAUGGAACUUUACACAAAGUGAGAGCCCGUCUAGAAACCAUAUUGUCAGCAGGUGCUAUUAAUUCCCCACAACUUUUGAUGGUUUCCGGUAUUGGUCCCAAAAAGGAGUUAGAGAAUUUAGGAAUUCCAGUAAAAGUUGACUUACCGCAAGUAGGUAAAAAUCUACAAGAUCAUCCGAUGUUUGUUAAUUUAUAUUUCAGGACCAACCAAACAGCAGCAAGCACUACUUUAAAAGAAAAAUUGGCACUGUAUUUGCAAAAUCUAACUCCUCUGACAAACGGUGCUGGGUUAGAACAACUAGCCUUCAUUAACUCCAAUACAGUUUUAUUUGGUGAUCCAAAUAUCGAACUCUUUACCUUUGCCCCACCUUCCAGUGUUCCUCCAAAUCCCAAAUUUGCGUUUAACUUUGACGACACAAAUAGUGCUGUUUACAAAAAUUAUGACCCACUUACAGAUGUUUCGAUCUUGGUGUCAUUACUAAAAGUUAAAUCUAGAGGUCAGGUGACACUCAAAUCAAGCAAUAUUGUAGAUUUUCCUCUUAUAGAUUUAAAUUACUUCUCCGAUACGAAGGGAGAAGAUAUAGCAAAUAUGUACAAAGGUAUUCAAUAUGCAUUAAGUCUUCUUAAUACUAAAGCUUUCAAAAGCGUCAAUGCCACUUUGGUUAGUACUCAACCAAAUUGUGAGCAGUACAAAAAUAAGGGCGAUAAAGAAUAUUGGUAUUGCGCUUUAAGGCAGAUGACCUCUACAGAAUAUCACACAGCAGGAACAACCAGAAUGGGACGACACACCACUGAUUCUGUGGUAGAUAAAGAUUGUGUCGUACAUAACAUUAGAAACCUUCGAGUCGUCGAUGCCGGAGUUAUGCCAGAAAUACCACAAGCUCAUGUUACUGCCGUUGUUUAUAUGAUAGCGGAAAAAAUAUCUGAUGAGAUUAAGUCCAAAUAUGGUAAACUCGAUUCAUGUAAAUGUGAUAAAAAUCCCCUAUUAUUUUUUUAAAAUUUCCUAAUAAAUAAAGAUGAUCUAGC